UAUAAAUUCACCUCCCUCCACUCAAAGAAUCUGCUUUACUCGAAGAACCUCUCGUCUGUUCGAUCUGUGUAGAUAGUACGCUUUAAUUCUCAUCCAGUGUGUUUAUUCAAGAUUCUAAAUUACAGGAAAAAAACAUACUUCCAAAUUUGAUCACACGACGAAUUGAACGAUCAAUUGAUCGUGAGUUUCAAGCCCAGGAGAAAAAAAUCAAAGGCAGGCACAAGAUGGGGAAGCCUUUCUCAAAACAGUUUCUGAUGAUGGAUCCGUUAAGAUAGAUAUACUCGCAGAAAAUUCUGUUCCAUCGAUGUAUUCAACCUGAAGUGAUUUCCAGCCUCCGAUCGGAUAUAUAUAUAUAUAUAAUUGUUAAUAAUAGAUUCUUACGGAUAUGCUAUUUCCUUUUUACUUUUCCCUAUCUCUAACAUACAUCGAACAUUGAGCUGAAGGCUAUACAUUUGCUCUUCUCUGAUGUUCUUCUUAACAGGAAUGGUUACGGACACCCAUCAUGCAGUUCAUUUGUGUUUCUAUGAGAUGGAUGCUCGUUAGACUAUGUGAAAGAGUUACCUUUUAAAAGAGAAUCAUAAAGGUUAAUUGCAAAUUACUUUUGUGUAUCAUCUGUUAACUACGAUGUUUAAAUGUACAUCACGUGUGAAAUAGGAGAUUCACCAAAACCAAAACUGUCCUCAAUUCAGCUUAAGGUGCCCCCGGCACGUUCCGUCAGUAUGUCCAGCCUUCGGAACCCCUCUGCGCACCCUUUGAUAAAUAUUUCGGACCAUGACAGAUCGGUGUCUUAUUCCUCGGACGAGGAGUCCAGCAACCCGGCUUCACCAUAUCACCAGGCGCGAAAUCAGCAAGGUGCGCUAAGCGAUCGAUCUAAGGAGUCGGAGAACGAGGAGCUUCUCUCAGAGAACGAUUCGGACUCUAAGCAUCACAAGAAGCAUGUGGAAACGUUAUCGCCCAAAUUUACAAGAUCGGAUUCUGUAAAAUUUAGGAGGCAGUCAAAUGGAAGACAUAGCCGGAAAAGUUCGCAGCCAAUAGGAAAUGCCACUCCACCUAAGCAGUCACGGAGAACCUCGAGUUUGAAGCUAAAACGUAUGCACUUAGAUGUAAACAAUCAGACCAGAGAGAAAACCAUGCCUUGCCUACCCAAAUGUAGUAAUAGACCCACGAAUCCAGCAAUUACCAUUACAAUUGAAUCUGACGACGAAUCUAUCUAUAGUGAUUAUUUGAAUCCUGAUGUUAAUUACAAGAAUGAUGUAAACCAUGUGCAUUUUGUUGGGGACGACACAUCUCUGUAUGGAACUCCAAAAGAGGAGUUAUUACCUCCGACAGGGGACUCGGCCUCCACGGACCAGUGUAACAAGACUAGUCCCACUAGUUUCCUUAAGGAUCAGAUUAUUUCAUUUUUUCAACCCUCGGAUAAUAAACUAGCUAUGAAGCUGUUUGGAAAUGAAAAUUCAUUACGGAAAGAGAAAAUGCGACAUAAGCGGGUGGGGAACUGGGUCAUACAUCCAUGUAGCAAUUUCAGGUUUUAUUGGGAUCUAUUCAUGCUGGUGCUUCUACUUGCAAACCUUAUAAUCUUACCAGUAGCCAUAUCAUUCUUCAACAAUGAUCUCACCGCUGAAUGGAUCGCAUUCAAUUGUAUAUCAGACACGGUUUUCUUUUUGGAUAUUAUAAUAAAUUUCCGAACAGGUAUAAUAUUGAAUGACUUCGCAGACGAAAUCAUUUUAGAUCCUAAGUUGAUAGCCAAGCAUUAUGUUAAGUCUUGGUUUUUCCUUGAUCUCAUCAGUAGUAUUCCAAUGGAUUAUAUUUUUCUCUGGUGGGAUGCCGAGGCCGACUUUUACCAAAUGAUCCAUGCAGGUACGAGCUCGCGAGUGGAUGCCGGCUCUUAUUGGCAAGGAAGGGCGUUGAGGAUUUUACGGUUGGCAAAGCUGCUGAGUCUCUUACGAUUGCUGCGGUUGUCCCGUUUGGUGCGAUACGUACAACAGUGGGAAGAGUUUGAAGCCUGUCCUUGUUUGAGUAUGUUUGGACGCCGAAAACGACCUGGGUUUCUUGCUGUAGCUGGGAAAUUUAUGCGGAUCUUUAAUCUGAUAUGUCUCAUGCUACUACUCGGUCAUUGGAAUGGGUGUCUGCAGUUCUUAGUGCCAAUGUUAGAAGACUUCCCAAAAGACUGCUGGGUUUCCAUUGAAGAACUAAAGCAUGCUUCAUGGUUUACACAGUACACAUGGGCGUUAUUUAAAGCUUUGUCCCACAUGCUCUGUAUCGGCUAUGGACGUUUCCCGCCACAAAAUAUGACGGACACGUGGUUGACUAUUUUGAGCAUGCUUAGUGGUGCUACUUGUUAUGCACUUUUCCUUGGGCAUACAACAACGAUAAUUCAGUCAUUUGACACAUCACGACGGCUUUAUAACGAAAAGUUCAAACAAGUUGAGGAAUACAUGAUAUACAGAAAGUUACCCAGAAAACUACGACAAAGGAUAUCCGAGUAUUAUGAACAUCGUUACCAGGGCAAAAUGUUUGAUGAAGACAAUAUUUUGGUUGAAUUAAAUGAGUGUCUUCGUCAGGAAGUUAUCAACCAUAAUUGUCGAGCCUUGGUGAAAUCCGUGCCAUUUUUCACAAAUGCUGAUCCCCAGUUUGUUUCUGAGGUAAUCAGUAAAUUGGAAUUUGAAGUCUUUCAACCUGGGGAUUAUAUCAUAAAAGAAGGAACUAUGGGAACAAAGAUGUACUUCAUUCAAGAGGGAAUCGUCGACAUUAUCACUAAGGACGGCGAGAUCGCCACUUCGCUGUCUGAUGGUUCAUACUUUGGUGAAAUAUGCUUACUAACAAAUGCCAAAAGGGUUGCUAGUGUACGUGCAGAAACCUACGUGAAUCUUUAUUCUUUAUCGGUUGAACAUUUUAAUACAGUAUUGGAAAGAUAUCCCCUCAUGCGCAGAACUAUGGAAAGUGUUGCCGCUGAAAGGUUAACCAAAAUCGGCAAAAAUCCAAGCAUUGUUAGUAGUAGAGCUGACCUUGAGGAAGAUCAAAAGUUGGUUAAUGAAAUAGUAAUGGAAUCGACCCCAGUCGUCACAAGUGCGAGUGAAGACGAGGAUAAAGAUUCAGAUGAUAGUUCAGAAAGUUCAAAAAGUUCACGUAGAAAAAAGAAAUUUAAGUUUGACUUUACUGGAAAACUACACAAAAUUACCGAAGAACGAAAAUCGAAAUCUAGAGAAAGUAUACAUAAAGAUUCUCUUGAAAUGCCAAAUGGUAAAAUGGAUAAAUUACGGAAAUUACCAUCCGGCUCUAAUUUGUUCGGAUUACGGGUAGGAUUUGCAGGCUUCACGGAUAGGAAACGUUCAGAGAGUGUGGGUGCGAACCUUAAUUCUAUAGAUCGCCGUGAUUCUGAUCAGAGUCAAAUCGAACCAGGCAAUCUUCCACGCCGCGCCAGUUUUUUAGGAACAAGGUUCUUUAAACCAAAAGAAGUAAAGAGAGAAAAGAAGCAAAGGACACAGUCAACGGGAGGUAGCGAUUCGCCUCUGUCAGAAGGCAAGGGUGGAGUGAUUCAGUUUUUAACAGUACCUUUGCAAGCUGAAACACGGCAUAAACUAAAGGGGAAGAAAUCAAGAUCUGAACAAUCUAUUUCCCCUAAGGAAUCCACCAGUAUGCAUUCCCAAAACAUGUCGGAGGAACCUGCUCCAAAUGUGCAAUCAAGCAGUGAAAAUUUACCGAAAAUUGAAACUGUGGUGCAUCAUACAGAUAGGGCUAAAGAAUGCGUCUAUCAGAUAGAAAAUCUAGAUGAAAAGCCUGGUAGUUCGUGUUUUUAAAGUUUUAUUUUUCAUGAAUCGUUCAUAAUAUAAUCUUGGGUUAUCAUAAAAUAUAUUCUGUUCACUUCAGGAGUUCGUAAGGGGAUCAAUUACUACAUUCAGCAUGCCAUAUCACACAUGUAUAAUUAUUUAUCAAUAUGAAUGCAAGUUAAAGAAUUAUGCAACUAAACAGUAAUAAAACUAUAUUUUGAUAUGUUAAUGCAGGUAAUAGAGGAUGCAUAUGUCUUUGUGGAUUUCUUUUCCUAAUCAAUUUUUUUUUUUUUUUGAUUUAAAAAAAAACUUAAUUAUUCUUCUGCAGUAGUUUACGAUCCUGUAAGGCAGCUUAAUUACUAUAUACGAUAAAUUCUAUUUUCAACGUUGGAGAAUAGGUCUUCAUUUGUAUUUAAAAGUUAUAAGUCCUUUGAUGUCCUUAUCGAUUCUAGACGUUUACGACUGCAUCGAAUAAUUGUUAAGGAAAUCCUCAGUGAAUAAAUAUAAGCAGUUUUAAAAAAAGUAGAAUGGAUGUUUGAUUCUCUUCAUUUCAAGCGAAAAACUUCAUUGUUAAAGUGGAUUAUGUGUAACUGGGGUAAAGAUCUAACCCGAGAAAAUAUAAAGUGGAAUUUGAUGUCCUCUAGAUGCAAUUUAAUGAUCUUUAAUAAGAUAUAACUACUUUUACAGAUUAGAAGGACCGUGUCUACCAUUAUUUUUAAUUCUUGUAAUUUCCUAGUAAUUCCUGUUUUUUAUCCAUCAUUGCACAUCUUCAACCCUAAUAAAUCACUGUAUCAUUGUUAAUUGAAACAUGUAAGGUGCAAAUCAACCAUUGCUAAUAACUCUAGGUUUCUGAAUAUUCCUUGAAAGUGAAAUCUAAUGUAACUGCCUGCCUCUACGGAUCGAAAUCCAUGAUUCAUGGCCUCUCUACAUAUCAAUCAAUAUUAUUGUGAUCUUGACUUUGAUGAAACUGGGAAUUAUUUGAAAGCAAUGAAACAACUUUCCUACUGUAACUCACUGCGAAGUAUAAUUUGUGUUUUCAAACUGAUUUUUUAUUAAUCUAAUGUUUUUAUUUUCAUUUUGAAGCUUCUUAAAAACUGGCACAUUAUAAUAAAUGUGUUUUUUCCAUAAACAUCUGUCCAAUUGAUGUAUAUUUCCAAAAGUAAUUGAUUCAAACACUAUUGUAAGAUAAAUUUUAUUCCAUAUCAAUUAAACGUUGGAAUAACUGUUCAUAUAUUUCUCUGUUUAAAAUUGAUAUCAAUUUUUAUAUUCGAAAUGUUCUGUGAUUUGUCGUGCAAUUGCAUUGCACAUCAUGUGUGCCAAAUUGUCAUUUUGUAGAAUGUAGUCAACAACGAAUUUUGUUAUUUUCAUCUUAUUUGCAAACAGGGAGAUUUGGAGGAACUCUCAAAUUCAUAGCUUUAGAUUGGUUGACGUUUUAUUAUCAGUAUUAUAAUAACGUGUCCCACUAUUGGUGUGUUACAUGUACUGACGGAAAACUUCAGUCUUCUGUAAAUGGGUAAAUAUUUAAGAAAUUCUCUGUUUGAAAGUUAGUAUACAUAUACUACGUAAACAUCCUUUAAGUUUAAUGUCUUUUAUAUAUCAUAGAGACAUUUCAGGUUUCUUUUUUCCAACAUUAAUUCUUUUGCACAGCAAAUUAUCCUGAAUUCAUUCUAAUCCUCUGAUAAGCACAUUCCAAGCGUUUUUCUUUUUUGUUUGGUUGCACGUGUGGAAGUUAUUUUUAAUCUGUAGUUUACAGGCUCAUUAAAUGUGCAGUGGGGUCUCUUUCUUUUCAGUAAAGAAGAUAUCGAAUUUGGCCUAUACAUUAUGUAAUAAGAAUAGAGUAUUUUUAUUUCAUAGAGUGUUAUUUUGCAGAUAUCAGCGACUGUGAUAUUAUACAUGCAUCUUGUUUUUAUUUAAUAUUUGUUACGUCUUUAUUUGUGUCAGUUAGAUAUUAUCUCGUCCUGAUAUAAUAUCAAGGGUAGAGAAAAAAUACUGAUAUUCACUGUGUUAUCAGAAUAAAGAUAUAAAACAAGUUA